AUGUCGGCUUCUCUCCCCGGCAGUCGCGAGCUGCCCGCCUCGCGGUAUGAUCUCAACACGUACUGGGGCCGUGUACGACAUAUCAUGGGCCUGACUGAUCCGAGCACCCUGUUCGUCAGCAGCUCCGGUUUCGAGCGAGCCAAGUCCCUCCUCACCGACUACAAGCAAGGAAAGAUCCCGUCGAUGACGCCGGAGCUCUGGAAGGCCAAGAAGGUCGUCGACUCGACCCUCCACCCAGAUACCGGCGAACCGAUCCUUCUCCCGUUCCGCAUGUCCGCCUAUGUCCUGACCAACUUAGUUGUCACGGCUGGUAUGCUCCAGCCCGGUCUUGGAACCGCAGGAACAGUCGCGUGGCAGGUGGUCAACCAGUCCCUCAACGUCGCCAUCAACUCAGCCAACGCGAACAAGUCCUCCCCCUUGAGCUGGCGUAAGCUGGGAGAGUCUUAUGCCAUGGCUGUAUCCGUCUCGUGCGGUGUAGCUGUUGGUCUCAACAAGCUCGUCCCCCGCCUCCGUUCCAUCUCCCCGACAACCCGCACGACCCUCACCCGCCUUGUCCCCUUCGCCGCCGUCGCCUCCGCUGGUUUCCUCAAUGUCCUCCUCAUGCGCGGCGAGGAGAUGCGUACCGGUAUCGACGUCUUCCCUGUGCUCUCCGAGGCUGAGCGUGCGAAGAGGGAAAAGGAAGGCGGUGACAGCCAGGUCCAGUCCCUCGGCCGCAGCAAAAAGGCCGCCACCAUUGCUGUCGGCGAGACUGCCGCCAGCCGUGUCUUCAACUCUACGCCCAUCAUGGUGAUCCCGCCCCUGCUCCUUGUUCGCCUGCAAAAGACAGACUGGCUCAAGCAGCGCCCUCGUAUGACGGUGCCCGUCAAUCUUGGUCUCAUCUUGGUGACUAGCUACGCCGUGCUUCCGCUUGCCCUUGCCGUUUUCCCCCAGCAGCAGAGCAUCAGUGCUGACAAGCUGGAGCCUGAGUUCCACGGUCGCGGCGGUGAGAACGGCAUGGUGGUGUUCAACAGGGGUAUCUAG